AUGGUUGCGCUCGGCCUCGCCGCCGUUCAUGCAGCGCAAGCGCUCCUCAUCCGCGACACUAUUCUAGAAUGGUUCUGGCUUGCUUCGGUGGCCGAUGAUAAUUACUUGUAUAUCACGGGAGGCGAAUUUUACGAGCCGGCCGACAAUGUGGUGACGAUGUACUACCAGACCGAUACACUUGUGGUCGACCUCUCACAGUCCUGGACGAACCAGACAGUCAGCGCGGUUACUUCGACAACUGACCCGGAUGGAAUGAUCUACGUCCGACAACCGAUGCUCUUCUAUGACAAGACGCGGAACAAAAUCAGCCGAUAUGGGGGAUGGCCGUAUGAAGAAGCUGACUUCCCCUCGUUGCUGUGGUCUUUCACCGCAGGAACAUCUGCCGUUACGUGGAAGAAUGAGACGGCACCUUCCACCGACGGCCUUGCCACGACGUCGCCAGGCCCAUUCGCGUCGGCAAAUGCCUUCACCAACACCACGUAUUACAACUUCGGUGGGAACGUUGUGAGCUCGCUCCCCCACAUGACUGUUCUGUCCGGCCUCGUCACGCGAGACUUCGUGGCGCAAUCGUGGACUAAUUCCACCGCCAUUCUCCCCAAUCAAAGCAAAUAUCGGACGCAGGCUCGCAUGAUAUACACUUCGAAUUUCGGGGGAGAGGGAUUUCUGGUGAUGGUCGGUGGGGAGGCCCCUCCGACGGAAGCGUCUGUCUACGAGGCCGGGGCAAGUAUGGUUGAUAUGUCAACCAUCACUCUUUAUGACAUUGAAACGGGGAUUUGGUAUACACAAACAGCAACCGGCGACAUUCCACCUCCCAGAUCUGAAUUUUGCGCUGUCGGGGCACCAUCCAGGGGUGGGAAGAGGUUCGAAGUGUUUGUUUACGGUGGCUCAACAAACUCAACAUAUGAUCUGAAUAACGCUUCCGACGAAGGCUAUCUCAACGUCUACGCACUCUCUCUCCCCGCAUUUCGGUGGUUCAAAUCCAACUCGACGACCCCCGUCCGCCGAGCUUGCCAUGCCUGCACUGUCAUCGGCAACAGACAGAUGGUGUCGAUAGGCGGCAGGCUUCCUAGUUCUUUGAAAGCACUGGGUGCCGAACAGGACCCCUGGACAAGCGGGCUGGGGGUUUUUGAUAUGACGGACUUUGAAUGGGCAGAUCAUUACGAUGCAGCUGCAGCGGCCUACGAGUCCCCCGAUGUGGUCAAGCAGUAUUACUCCGACAGCUACGAAGAGCCAACGUGGAGCGAUCCGACAUUAGCCACGAUCUUCGCAUUCACACCGCCCGCAAACUCCUCAACCAACAGUUCUACUUCCUCAAGCGGCUCCGGCAGCUCCUCAGACUCUUCUGGCGGCGGCGGCAGCGGCAGCGGCGGCGGCGACUCCCCCACGGCCACCUCAUCAUUAUCAGGGGCGAGGAAAGGCCAUGGCGGCGCAAUAGCCGGCGGCGUCAUUGGAGGCGUGGCACUACUCGCAGUGAUCCUGGGGCUGUGGUACUGGGUGGCAAUCCGACGAAAACGGAAGGCCCGGGCCGAGUUCGCUGCCGUGACCGACAGCGAAUCCGACUCCAAGCCGCCUCUCGAGGCGGCCUCGACACCAAUGUUUGAAGUGGACGAUAGCUCCCGGUCAGAGACGUCGCCCAAGCCACAGAUCAUUGCAGAGCUGCCUGUGAACGAGGAACCACAGGGGAAUCACAUCGGUCCUGGUAGUGCGGCAGCGAAAUGA